AUGUCGGGCUGGCGACCAGUCACUAGUGGGGUUCUGCAGGGAUCCAUCUUAGGGCCAGCACUCUUCAAUGCCUUCACAAAUGACUUAGACACAGGACUUGAGGGAUUACUUAGUAAGUUUGCUGAUUACACAAAAUUGGAAGGAGUUGUCGACAUUCUUGAGAGUGGAGAGGCCCUGCAGAGGGAUGUGGACAAAUUGGAGAACUGGGCAAUCACCAACUGCAUGAAGUUUAACAAGGCUGACUGCCAGUUUCAAACACCUUGUCAAAUCCAGAAGUGCACCACGAAUUUAGUGUCAUUAACUUCACAUCUAAACUCUGCUCUUGAUGGCUUUGAUCUGGUGUUUUGCAAGGCCCUGCAGGCAUAUGCUGCUUGUACCUAUAGAAAUUCCAAGGUAUGUCAUGGAAAUCUAGUGUACCAUUUUGCAGUGCUUGGAAUUGGUGACCUCAUGAGUCAUCAAAACUGUUUCAAGGAUGGACCCAUAUCCUCUACCAACCCUGAAGUGACCCAUGAUCCCUGCAAUUACAGCGGCCAUACAGGAGCCAGAGAACAUCCAGGAGGGGAACAGAUUUCUCCUCCUACUUACCUAUUUUGUGGCUUGUUUGGUGAUCCUCAUCUGAGAACUUUUAAGGAUCACUUCCAGACAUGCAAAGUGGAAGGUGCUUGGCCUCUCAUAGAUAAUAACUACCUAUCUGUGCAAGUGACGAAUGUGCCUGUGGUCCUAGGAUCCAGUGCUACUGCUACAAACAAGGUAUGGGUUGUUCUUAAAAAAACUAUGCAUACAGAAGUGAAAGGCUGCUUAACUCUUAACAGUUAA